AUGCAAGUAUUGAUUGCUUAUCCAUUUAAAAGUGAAAUUUGUAAUCGUGAUCAAUUAAUUUAUUUACCAGAAUUAGUUCAAAAUGAACCCAGCUUACGUGGCGCUAUUCGUCAACAUCGUCCUCAUGUUAUUAUUGUUGGAAAUAAUUCUGUUGAAAGUGAAACACUUGAUUUAUGGCGUGCAAUUAUGAGUUAUGAUGUUCAAUUAACAUUAAUUCGAAGAGGUUCAUCACUUUCUCGUAUUAAUGUUAGACGAGCUAAACAAUUAAAUAUAAAUGUAUUAAAUACAUUAAGUGUGAAUUCUCGAUUUGUUGUUGAGUAUAUGAUUGAACAUCUUCAUUUACCAAAUAGUGAUACUUGUUCAACAAUUGGAAUUAUUGGGUCAGGUGCUAUUGGAAGGCGAAUUGCGUAUCGUUUAUCUACAGCUAAACAUAAAGUUAAUGUUUACAGUCCAUCAUUAACAAAUCCUGAUGAAUCUGUUCGGAAAAAAAUUCGAAGAAGCAAAGGUAUUGAUUUACCUAAUAUAAAUAUUUCCAUGACACCUGAGCAAGCUGUUAUAAAUGCUACACAUGUUGUAAUUGCCGUUGAUGCUGAUAGAGUUACAAAUGUUAAUGAACAAUUAUCUAAAGAAUUUUUUCAAAUAAUACCAAAUGGAGCAAGAAUCGUGUCUGUGACUGAAUUUCGUGUAUUUGCUCAAGGAGCACUUGAUAUUCUUAUUGAACGUGUUCGACAAGGACAAAUUAGUGCCCGUUUAGAUUCACACGCAUUCGAUAUAAUUACAAUUCAAGAUCCUCCAACAGAGUUAGAAGCUGUAUCAGCUGCUAUGACAGUACCUGGAUGUGGUGAAGCUAUGGAUCAAGCUGCUAUUGUUCUUCUUUCCAAUGUGGUCCUUGAACAAUCAUUUAAAUCACCAUUGCCAUUUUUUAUUGAUUCAUCUAGAAAAAAUGAAGAAAUUACUGUUAUUGGAGCAGGCAUCAUGGGUUUAGUGGCUGCUUUCUUUCUUAGUGAAAGCGGUUAUAGAGUAACUAUUAUUGAUGAACAUAAUUGUCCUAAGCCCAAAAGUGUAUCUAGUGAAAAUGAAAUAUGUUGUCGCGGUACAACACUUGAUGGAUGUGAUGCUCGACAUGCAUCUAUAACAGAAACAAUGCCACAUGCUGUAUUCUAUAGAAUAGAUAGUUUAAGAAAAUAUCCGUUAGAUCGAGGAGGAUGGAGAAUAAUACGUGAUCAAUUUAAUAAUCAAGAACUAGUAUGGAUUGAUAGAUUUAGUGAACUAGCUGGUUAUCCAGAAUUAGUUGUCAAUUUAUUUAAUCGAUUCGUAUCAAAUAUAAAUAGACGAGGAAUCGAAUUAUGGGAAGAAAUGUCUAAAGUCUAUUCACAAAUAAUUCAAGAUACAAUUAAAAAUCGUCGAAUUAUUAAAAUAUGUUCAUUAUCAAAUCCAAUAAGAACUGUUGCAUUAUAUCAAGCAAAAUAUCACAGAAGCGAAGAAAAUCUUUUAAUGUUAUCACGUUCACAAGUUCUUGAAAAAAUACCUGGUCUUGUACUGAGAGAUGGUGAUGCUGCUGGAAUAGAAGUGCCUGGUUUUACUAUUAAUCAUCUAAAACUUUGUCAAAAUAUGAUUGAAUUUUUAGAAAAGAAUCCAAAUGUUAAAUUUAAAUGGUCAACUCAAGUUUGUUCAAUUGAUGAUAUAUCUUCUUCAAAAGUAAUAUUUGCUUCAAGUCUUAAUCGAUUGGAUUCUCCACUGUUAAAUAAUGUAUCAUUAGCUGUUCAAGGUGUUCUCGGAUGUUGGACAAAACUUCCGAAUGUUCAUUUAAUAAAAAAUGGAUUUAAAAUAGCAGAAAAAGAACCAAUCGGUGUUAUUAAUGUAACGCCAAGUUAUGAUGAGCAACAUUUAUAUGCAACAGGUUGUUUUGCUUUUUGUGGUCAACGUGGCAUAGUUCAAUCGCUUUAUCUUGAUCAAUUAAUUGAAUUAUUUUAUUCAACAAUACGUUCUUAUUUACCGGAUGAAAUCGAUGCCAAUGAAUCAGAAAUUCUUCCAACAAAAUUUUGUAUUCGUCCGAUGACUCCAGAUGGAAUGCCAAUAAUUGCUCAAUUGACUGCUGACAAUAACCGGCAACAAGUUUAUUUUAUUGGUGGAACAAAUGCUGGAGGAUUUGUUCAAUCCCCAGUUUUAGCAACAAUUCUUUUAGAUUUAAUUCAAGGUUCAAAAAGUGAUACAAAUCUUCGUCAUAUUUACAGAUCUUUACGUCUCGAUAGAAAUACAUUAUUAUUUAAUUAA